AUAUCUUCAUUUCACCCAUGAAGCAUCUUUUGAAUAUCAACUUUAAGUGGAAAAUCAUUGAUUCAAACGUGUGCAAUGGUAUCUAUACCUUUGAAACAAAUUUGAACACAGGAAUGCCUUUAAAACGAAGCAUAGAAUAUAUCAGGAAACAGCAUCAAAAAGAUUGUCAGUGUCAGGUAACAUCUUUAAUGUUAAAGCAAAGCAAAAAAAAUUUCUGCCAUCUUCUGCUGCAGUUCUUGGUGAAGACAAUGGCAUCAAGCCAGAAACUCAAGGAUCUCCAAUGGGUUUUGGAAGCAAUCAAAACUGAGAGCCUCAACCUUCACAGUAUCUCAUUCUACCUUUCUCAACCAUCUUCAUGCUGUUACCAAGAAACAGACAAUUCCAUCAACAUUAACAUCUCUGAAGACAGCAAUCAACUUUUCUCUUACAUCCUGAUAGUGCUAGGAACCUCCAAAAACACCCAGCUUUCUCUGAGAAACUUGGAGUUUCAUUUUGUUGAAUGGGAACUAGAACAGGUGCGAAGUCUUCGAGGAUUGCUAGACAGUAACUUGAGCAUUAAACAAGUUGUGUUACGGCAAAAUAGGUUCACCAUAGAAUGUUUAGCAAUGUUUUCUGAGAUUUUGAAGAAAAAUGGAGGUAUCAAAGAGAUCACAUUUUCUGAAUCAGGUAUUGGAACUGUUGGCGCAGGACUUAUUGCUUCAGCACUCAAGGAGAAUGAUAACGUGGAAGAGUUGCAGAUAUGGGAAGACUCAAUUGGAUCAAAAGGUGCAGAGGAGCUCUCAAAGAUGAUAGAAGCAAACUCAAUGCUGAAGCUCUUGACAAUUUUUGACUCAAGUUCAAUUACAGCAACCCCACUAAUAUCUGCUGUUUUAGCAAGAAACAGAGCUAUGGAAGUCCAUGUUUGGAGUGGAGAACAUGGAAUGAAAAGUUCCAAGGUGGUUGAGUUUGUACCUGAGAACAGCACGCUGAGAAUUUACAGAAUAGACAUUUCAGGUGCUUGCCGAGUUGCUUGUGCUCUAGGCUUGAACUCAACUGUGAGGUCUCUUGAUCUGACUGGGGUACUACUCAAAUCCAGGUGGGCUAAAGAAUUCAGGUGGGCAUUGGAGCAAAAUCAGACCUUGAAAGAGGUGACAUUAUCAAACACUUGUCUUAAAGACAAAGGAGUAGUGUAUGUAGCAGCCGGACUUUUCGAGAACAGGAGCCUGGAAAGUUUAUACCUUGAUGGAAACUGGUUCAGUGGGGUAGGUGUGGAACAUUUGCUCUGCCCUUUGAGCAGAUUUUCAACCGUGCAAUUGCAAGCCAACAUUACACUGAAAUCAGUGACCUUUGGGGGAAAGAGAACAAAAAUAGGAAGAGACGGGCUUUCAGCAAUCUUAAAGAUGCUAACAACAAAUGAAACUGUUACCCGGUUAGGGAUUUAUGGUGAUGAAAGCAUGAGGCCUGAUGAUUUUGUAAGGAUAUUCAAAUGCUUAGAGAAAAAUGUUACUCUGAGAAGCUUAUCUCUACACGGUUGCAAAGGAGUUCAAGGAGACAGGGUCUUGCAGACCAUAAUGGAGACUUUACAGGUCAAUCCUUGGAUUGAAGUUAUCGACCUUGCUCAAACACCCCUGGAGAAUUCCAGCAAAGCUGAUGGAAUUUAUCAGAGAUUAGGCCAGAAUGGGAAGACAGAACCCAAAACUGACAUACAUGCUGAUUUGCUCAAGGACAUGACUCUCACAGAGCCUAAAAGCUGUAGGGUUUUCUUCUGUGGCCAGGAAUAUGCUGGAAAGACAACACUUUGCAAUUCCAUAUCACGGAACUUCUCUCCUCCAAAGCUUCCCUAUAUUGAGCAAGUCAGGACACUGGUGAAUCCAGUUGAAAAAGCUGUUAGAACAACCGGAAUGGAAAUAAAGACAUUCAAAGAUGAAGACAUAAAAAUUUCCAUCUGGAAUCUCGCAGGACAGCACGAGUACUACUCCUUCCAUGACCUGAUGUUCCCGGGACAUGGUAGUGCAUCAUUCUUCCUGAUCAUAUCCAGUUUGUUAAGGAAACCAAGCAAUAGAGAACCAAAAACACCAGAAGAAGUAGAAGAGGACCUCCAGUUUUGGCUUAGAUUCAUCGUCUCCAACUCAAAAAGAGCAGUCCAACAAUGCCUGUUACCCAAUGUAACCAUUGUCCUAACCCAUUUUGACAAGAUCAAUCAACCAUCUCAUAAUCUCCAGGCCACAGUGAAUUCAAUUCAAAGACUGAGAGACAAAUUCCAUGGAUUCGUCGAAUUCUAUCCUACUGUAUUCACAGUUGAUGCAAGAUCAUCAGCGUCAGUGAAUAAACUUACCAAUCACACCCGGAGGACAGCCAGGACUAUCCUCCAGAGAGUCCCUAGGGUUUACCAGCUCUGCAACAACCUUAUCCAGAUUCUGUCCGACUGGAGAUCGGAGAACUACAACAAACCAGCAAUGAAAUGGAGAGAGUUUUCCGACAUCUGUCAGGUUAAAGUUCCAGCCUUGAGAAUCCGGUCCCGACAUGAUAACAAGGAGAAUGUGGAAAUGAGGAGGAAAGCUGUGGCGACCUGUCUUCAUCAAUUAGGAGAAGUAAUCUACUUCGAAGAAUUAGGGUUUCUGAUUCUGGAUUCCGAAUGGUUCUGCGGCGAAGUUCUGGGUCAGCUAGUGAAGCUGGAAGUUCGGAAGCAAAGUUCGCCGGAAAAUGGGUUCAUCAGCCGGGAAGAGCUGGAAAAAAUUCUGAGAGGAAGUUUGCAAAGUCACAUUCCGGGGAUAGGUACGAAGGUGUUCGAGAACUUGGAACCCGGCGACCUUGUGAGAAUGAUGAUGAAGCUGGAGCUCUGCUACGAACAGGAUCCAUCGGACCCAAACUCUAUGCUUUUGAUUCCUUCCAUUCUUGAAGAAGGAAGAGGGAGACCGCAGAAAUGGCAACAGAACACCUCCGACUGCAUUUUCGCCGGCCGGCAUCUUGUCUGUGAUAAUUCCAGCCACACUUUUCUAACGCCGGGCUUCUUCCCCCGUUUACAGGUGCACCUCCACAAUAGAAUCAUGGCAUUGAAGAACCAGCAUGGAGCAACAUAUACCCUUGAGAAAUACCUCAUCUCUAUAACCAUAAAUGGCAUUUACAUCAGAGUAGAGCUUGGAGGACAAUUCGGUUACCACAUUGAUGUCCUUGCUUGUUCCACCAAGAGCCUCACAGAAACACUUAGGCUAAUCCAACAGCUCAUAGUUCCGGCCAUUCAGAGCCUAUGUAGUGGUGUAACCUUGACUGAAAAUGUCAUGAGGCCGGAAUGUGUCCGUAAUUUGACUCCCCCCAGGUACCGGAAAACCCAGUUUGUGUCUCUUCAGCAACUAAAACAGGCACUUCUUUCUGUUCCUGCAGAUGGUAUGUAUGACUAUCAGCAUACUUGGGAUCCAGUUUCAGAUUCCGGGAAGCCUGUUCUACGAGCUGGGUUUGAUUUUGCCCGAGACCUCCUAUCAGAUGAUGAUUUCCGAGAAGUACUGCACCGGAGAUAUCAUGAUCUGUACAAUCUUGCUCAGGAGUUGCAAGUCCAACAGGAGAACAACCCGGAUGGAGCUGAUCUUUCUUUGUCAACUGCAGAUGAAACAGAGAAAGUUGAGCCGACUUUUGGUGGGAUUGCUAAGGGGGUGGAAGCAGUUUUGCAGAGAUUGAAGAUUAUUGAACAGGAAAUCAGAGAUUUGAAGCAGGAGAUUCAGGGGCUGAGAUUUUAUGAGCACAGACUACUGAUUGAGCUUCAUCGUAAAGUGAAUUAUCUCCUGAACUAUAACGUCCAGGUUGAAGAGAGGAAAGUGCCCAACAUGUUUUAUUUUGUUAGAACAGAGAACUACACAACAAGAUUGGUCACUAACAUGAUUCCAGGGAUGACUGCUCUCCGGCUGCAUAUGUUAUGUGAAUUCCGGCGAGAAAUGCAUGUUGUUGAAGAUCAGAUUGGUUGUGAGGUGAUGCACAUUGACAACAUGGCAGUGAAGAGCUUGGCUCCAUACAUGACAAAGUUCAUGAAGCUGCUAACCCUUGCUCUGAAAAUUGGAGCACAGUUAGCAACUGGGAUGGCGCAACUGAUACCAGAUUUGAGCAAGGAAAUUGCCCAUCUCGUUGACUCUUCCCUCUUGACUGGAGCAGUUGCUGCAGGGGCCGUUGGAGCUGCAGCAAUGGGACGUAUAAAUAUUUUCAGAAAUAGAGGCAGGGGCGGAGAUAUUCAACAGGAUCUAAGGGCAGCACAACAAUGGAUUGUGGAUUUCUUGAGAGACCGGGGGUGCUCAACUGGGAGGGAUAUUGCAGAGAAGUUUGGUUUGUGGAGGGUGAGAUACAGGGAUGAUGGCCAUAUUGCAUGGAUUUGCAGAAGGCACAUGACCAUCAGAAAACAUGAAAUAAUUGAAGUACCCGUUUAGGAAACAAUGGUUUCUGGGAAAUUAUUUUCUGAGAAAACAAACAGGAAGGGAGAGAAGGUAGGAGCUAGCUUCUUUGUUCUGCUGCUUCUCAAUGUACCCAGUUUCUCAGUUUCUAUCAUAUUUACUCUUUUCCCACUGUUUAAGCUUAAAAGAAGAACUAAUUCCUCAUUCCACUACCAUGUUUCUUUUUUUUUUUUUUUUUGCCGACAUUACACAACCACGUUAUUGAUCUCAAUUUGCAAUAACAGCUUCUACUGUUC